UCACGCCCUCACCCGUCACUUCUUCGGUUCUGGCCCGGUCCCCGUGCGUCUGGUUCCCUCCUUGCUGGGCCGAGGUGGACAGUUCUCUGGCGGGGCUGCCGCUCGGCACAGACACACCGGACACCGCCGCCAUUGUCCUCCGCUUCGGCUCCACCACUCCACCAUCCGGGCUUCCGUACUGGCCCCGACGCGUGGAAGGAGCCGUGUGGCACCUCGGAGGCAGGACUGGCGGAGCCGUAGCAGUUAAAUCGGACCCGGCCGCGCUCGGACCUCGGACAUCUGCGCGCCCGGCUGCGGAGGGGACAGGCUGGAUGCCAUGGACCCGCUGCUGCCCGCAGAGACGGAGGCGAUGGAGCGAGAGGCGGACAAGGACGAGAGGAGGAAGAUCCAGUUCUCCGUGCCUUCCUCCGUGCCCACCCAGCUGGACCCGCGACAGGUGGAGAUGAUUCGAAGGCGGAGGCCGACACCAGCCACACUCUUCAGAUUGACAGAUCCACCUUCACCAGAGGAAGACUGCAGCCCACACCAGUGGGUUCUUGGGGAAAACGGAGCCUUGAGAGCCAAACUGGUCCACGCGUCGACCUACCAGCCGCCAUCACUUAAAGCUGUCCAGAGGAUGGCCCAGGCCCACUUGGCCUCCUUGGACAUGACCUCUGUGGACAAGGAGGACUCGUCCUCUGGGGAGGAAGAAGAGGAGGAGGGUGAGAAAAAGAGCCAGUCGACAGACUCAGCUACAGAUGUAAGUGAAGAAAGAAAACCACUCAGGGAUCAAUGUGCUCCGUCAGAGGGUUCUGAUCUCAGCCCUCACCGCAGAGAGGAAGGGGAGGACAAAGAAAGAGAGGAAGGAAAGGCCGAAUGACAAAAGAAGACCGCUCUGAUGUAGAUGGUAGUGUUAGUUAGGAGGAACCGACGCACAUAAUUGACUGUAUUUACUGUAUGAGUGUGCGUUAUAUGGGUCUGUGAGUGAGUGCAUCAUACAUGUGAGAAAAAGAUGAAGGUGAAGAAGAGAGAAAAGAGAGAGAGGUCAGAAUGUUAAUGAGUUGCUAUGAAGAAAAGUUAAACACUAAUCUUUAUGAAAUUACGUCUCGGUCAGGAAAGGUAGCCAGGACUAAAUUCCAAUCAGCCAAGGACACUGCAGAAGACGUACUGGUGAGAACAAGUAAAUGUGUUUUUGUUUUUUGUCUUUUAGUUUUUUAAGUUGAAUUGGAUUCAUCAUGUGUUCUGACAUUUGCUUCUUGGGCAAGUUUUCCACAGAACCAUAUGUGAAUGUCAGAUUUACAUUUAUGUGCCAACUGUACAUAUAGUACAGGUCAUUUCACUUAAUUAGUACUAAACACCUAAAACAUAAAGGCAGGUGGAUGGGACCUCCAUUUGAUGUAAGGAGACAAUGAAUAAACUUGAUUCCAUGUGUAUACUGUAAUCCUACAAUACUGUAUUUGUCCUGUUUUUGUUUCAUGGUAUUCAGAAAUUGUGAAUUACAUCCUGGGUUUGCGUAGUAAAUAGAUACACUAUAUUAAAUUAUAUACUACAACACGAUACACAAUAUAUUAUAGCAUAUAAAUUGAUACAAAGCCGAACCCCAGCAAAACGUAACCAGAGCUGCUUCUAAUGACAACUCUGUCAGUUUGAUUUCCUCAAACUUGUCUACAUUUAAAAUGCUAGGCCAAGGAAAUCAAAGGAGGGUGGAUUACAGAUGAUUUUUAGUGCAGCCACAGCCACGGCAGACCAGAUUAAAUCAAAUCAGCUUAAUCCAGCUAAUCGUGAUAAUGCAGCACAGUUAUUCUGGUUUCACGUUCAGAAUGGGCUUUUUGCAACAUGGAGAUUAGCAAGCAUGAUCUCUGUGAGGGAUGGUCGGAGCAAUGAGAAACCCUUUAGCAUAUUUUCAAAAACUAUAUUAGUGAUGAGGAUGAAGGUUCAUUCACGACCCUGUAUAUAAAAGGUUUGGUGUUGGUUGCUAAUAAAACAGUUUUCGGUG